CUGCUGGAGGAAGCGGUUCCGCCGCCGCUAGCGAUGCCAUGUCCCGUCUCAGCGAUGAACCCUGGCUCUAGGGACGGAAUGGAGCCUCAGGUCCGCGAUUCCUUUUCUUGUCUGUGUGAUUGAGAGGCUGGGCGGUGGUGGGCGGGAGCCCCGGGUCUAGGACCCUGGAGCCAUGGCUUCCCUCUGCAGCCUCGGAUGAACAGACCUAAGCUGGACCCAGACGAGUCCGCCCACCUGGCCCCGCCCACCGGGGGGGCUCCCUUCUGCCCGUCUCCCUCUCCAGUCAUGGCGGGAUUCAAGCGAGGGUACGACGGAAAGAUCGCCGGCCUGUACGACCUGGACAAGACGCUGGGGCGGGGCCACUUUGCCGUGGUCAAACUGGCGCGGCACGUCUUCACCGGGGAGAAGGUGGCGGUGAAGGUGAUUGACAAGACAAAGCUUGACACGGUGGCGACGGGCCACCUGUUCCAGGAGGUGCGCUGCAUGAAGCUGGUGCAGCACCCCAACAUAGUGCGGCUGUACGAAGUGAUUGACACUCAGACCAAGCUGUACCUGAUCCUGGAGCUGGGCGACGGCGGCGACAUGUUUGACUACAUCAUGAAGCACGAGGAGGGUCUGAACGAAGAGCUGGCGAAGAAGUACUUUGCCCAGAUAGUCCACGCCAUCUCCUACUGCCACCGGCUGCACGUGGUGCACCGGGACCUGAAGCCUGAGAAUGUGGUGUUCUUCGAAAAGCAGGGACUAGUGAAGCUCACCGACUUCGGCUUCAGCAACAAGUUCCAGCCGGGCAAGAAGCUGACCACCAGCUGUGGCUCCCUGGCCUACUCGGCUCCAGAGAUCCUCCUGGGCGACGAGUACGACGCUCCGGCCGUCGACAUCUGGAGCCUCGGAGUGAUCCUGUUCAUGUUGGUCUGCGGCCAGCCGCCAUUCCAGGAAGCCAACGACAGCGAGACCCUCACCAUGAUCAUGGACUGUAAAUACACGGUGCCCAGCCACGUCUCUAGCACCUGCAAACAUCUCAUAGACCGCAUGCUGCAGAGGGACCCCAGACGCAGAGCCUCCCUGGAGGAGAUCGAGGGACACACCUGGCUGCAGGGGGUGGACCCCUCUCCAGCCACCAAGUACAGCACCCCCCUUGUCUCCCACAAGAACCUGUCAGAGGAGGAGCACAACAGCAUCAUCCAGCGCAUGGUUUUAGGAGACAUCGCCGACAGAGAGGCCAUCGUGGAGGCCCUGGAGACCAACAAGUACAACCACAUCACAGCUACCUACUUCCUGUUAGCAGAGCGGAUCCUGAGGGAGAAGCAGGAGAAAGAGGUCCAGACGCGCUCCUCCAGCCCCAGCAACAUCAAGGCUCACUUCAGGCAGUCCUGGCCGACCAGAGUGGACAUGCAUCAGGACAUAGAGGACACGUUGGCCUCUUCAUCCAUGUCACACGCUGGAGGCCCCCAGUCCCCAGCGCGCAGUGCAGAGAACCUGCUCAACGGGCACCGCCCCAAAGGCGUGAUGGACCUGGGCCGACGGGAGGACGCUUCAGUCACUGACUCAUCUCAGGGCGUCUGUGCCGGAGCUUCUGGUCCUGCUGCAUCUUCUGGGACCUUCAGAGGUUCUUCCCCAGCAGCAGCCAAGCAGAGAGUCUGUCUGUUCAGGGUGGAGGAAGAUGAAGAGGAGGAGGAGGAGCAGGACCCCUCCCCCCUUCCGUCCCAGGUGAUCCUGCGGCGUAAGCCCCCCUCCAUCACCAACCGCCUCACCUCCAGGAAGAGCGCCCCGGUGCUCAACCAGAUCUUUGAAGAGGAGGGCGAGUCGGACGACGACUUUGAGAUGGACGAAGGCCUGCCGCCCAAACUUAGCCGCCUCAAGAUGAACAUGGCCGGGACCGCCAGCGGCCUGGGCCCCGGAGUGGCAUUAUCUACGUCUCCGGGGCCCACACCGAAGAGGUACCACAGGCGGAAGAGCCAGGGACGGGGCUCGUCUUGUUCCAGCUCAGAGACCAGCGACGACGACUCAGAGAGCCACAGGAGGCGUCUGGAUAAGGACUCAGGAUUCACCUACAGCUGGAACCGCAGAGACAGCAGCGAGGGGCCCCCUGGCAGCGAGGGGGGGGGCAGCAGCUCAGGCCAGGGGAAGCCCCCCUCUGACGGGGGUGGUUCCUCUGGUCCCGACAGAGGAAAUCCUCCUGGGGCUGACGGCACUGGGGAGCCAGAAGGCAGUGGUGGUGGAGGGGGAGGCGGGAGAACAGAGGGCGGCGAGGGCCAACAGGACCGCCCCCCCAGCUGCUGCAGCCACGGCGGCUCCAACAGGCCUUCCCUUGGCAUGGCGGGCCGCGGUGCCGAGCUGGUGGAGAGUCUGAAGCUGAUGAGCCUGUGUCUCAGCUCCCAGCUCCAGCAGCACCGGGGGGGCAGGGGGGCGCGGGCCACACAGGGUCGGGGGGUGAAGGUCCAAGACAAGACACCAUGGAGGAUCUGCAUCGGUCCCACCCACAGCCUGGGCUCCAUCGCCCUCCCUAGAUCUCACGGUGCACUGCUCCUCCACCAGAAGGAGGUGCGAGGUCCACGGACCGGCCCCAGGGACACUCCCAGAGACAUGGAGGCCCUGAAAAACGGUGUUCUGCAACUACCUCUGUGUGAGAAGACCAUCUCUGUGAAGAUCCGCUCCAGAGACAGUCUGCUGUGUUCCUCAGCGCAGGCCAACUGCUGCCAGGUCAUCUGAGCUCAUCUUUAUCCUCCUAUUCCUCCGAGUUUAGCCCGACUGCACUUUAACCUUUGUUCUGUGGAUGUGGAGCAGAGUAGGAGGCUCCAUACUGACAGAACCACAACCUUUUAACAGCCAGAUCUCCUCCCGACCCGUCUGCUGGGUUCCCUGCUCCUCAUGGUGCUGGUUGCUCUCUGAAGAACCUCAGAGGCCAGACAACUUUGGACUGCAGGUCUUCCUGGGUCCAGGUCUGCUGCUGGGGGCAGCAGGCUCAGCAUCUGUCUUUGUCCUCCAGGUCCAAACACCUUCAGUAGUGGGGGUUUGUUGGUCCCCCAAGCAGCGCUGGGUUUCAUCGGACCAGUUCUUCAGGUGGAUUGGGGUUCUGGAGGUGUUCUGAGUGCAGAGUUGGGUGGUUCAGUGACAGAUGGUGAGAUGCUGUUGGAGAACUGUCCACAAUGGUUCUGGUUCUACAUUCUAAUGAAGUAGAAUUCAGGAACAUAGAGGUUCUGGACACAUUUAAUGGGGUUUCAGCCCGGUUCCUCUGACCCAGGACAGAACCAGGGAUCCUCCGGUGUUACUACCGCUGUGGUUCCUGUCCUGAUAUGUCAAAUAGGAGGGACCAGGUCCAGACUGAGUCCUGGCUGAGCUUCAGGACCUUCAUCAUCAACACACCUGUGACCCGGUUCUGUUGCCUUUUAACUUAUGUUUUCAGAACAGGACCGGUUCAUUUCCCAGGGAGGGAUCAUUCUACAGCUGCAGGUUCAGGUUUGGACCCUGAGCGCCAUCCUUCGCCGGUAAAACCUGGAGCUCCAGCACCCAAUGGCAGUUUGGACCAGUGAGGCGGAACCGGUGGGCCAGAGUGUGGAUCAGUUGGGCCCAGUUGUUUUUAAACGGAUUGCAUAGAACCCGUCCUUUCUGGACCUAGAAUAUGUUCAGGACCCAAAUGUAGCUGGCUGGAAUUCUGCUCCAGAGCAGCUGCUGGUUCCAUCUUCUGACUGGGAGGCUGGCAGUGUUUUAGGGCAUUGGUAAUAAGCUACAGCAUGUUGCAGCUAUGUGUACAGAAGUGGUUCAGAACCUGUUUCUGACCUUUGUUUUGUUUUUUACUUCUGCAGCGACCCACUGGACCCCUGUUAGUUCAUUUGCAGACUUCCUGAACCAAAUGUACAUAGAUGUAAAUAUGUUGGUUGUCCUCAUAUAGAAGGUUCUGGUUCUUAGUACAUUCAGCCUGAUACUGACUGUAGUCCUCUGGAUGAAUUUCAUGUGCUCUUCAUGCCGUCGCUUCUCACUGUUGUCUGUUUUCAGGUGUGUUUGUGUCUCGCUGUUCCACAGAAACCAGACUGGACCAAAAAACUGAUAGACUAACUCACAGUCUGGUUCUGCAGUUGAUGCCUGUUGUAGACGACACAUAGUUCUGCUAAUAACCCAACAAUAAAAGCUGAAUAUUGUCUCCA